AUGCGGGAGGCGGAGGAGAUGUACCUCCGGGCGCUGCAAGGCUUCGAGGAGGCACAGGGCCCGAAGCACACGUCGACCCUCGACACCGUUAACAACCUCGGCAUCCUCUAUUGUAAGCAAGGCAAGAUGCGGGAGGCGGAGGAGAUGUACCUCCGGGCGCUACAAGGCAAGGAGGAGGCGUGGGGCCCGAAGCAUACGUCGACCCUUGACACUGCCUACAACCUCGGAAACCUUUAUUUCGACCAGCGUCGGUCACAUAUUGAAUACAUACAAGACCAGCUGAAGGCUUUGAGCGUGGGCGAUCAGACACAAUACCCUAACGCAGAGCUGAAGUCACAAAGCCAGCCAGACAAGCAUCCUGCCAAACCCGCAGGACAUAAGAUUGCUCGUGUUCGCACCUUUGCGUUGCGCAUGUUCCACUUAAAUAAACGACGAGCGGUGGCUAGCAACAGAGUCUUCCAAUAG